UGACUUCCGCUACGUCACUAUGACUUCCGAUAGUGCUUAGCAACAGGGAAACAUCGAUGAUCGGGAAAGAUCAUCAACAUUUUGAGAGAUCGGGCGCGAAGGCGUGAAACUUUGCACGAACUUUUCAACUGAAACAAACCGCCAGAACCAGCGGUAUGUUUUUGAUCAAACGUGCAACAGCCUUGUGACAUAUAUCGUGCUGUAAAGGAUAUUGGAAGGAAGACGAGUGGACAAGUAAACAGAAGAAAACAAUGGCGGCGGCGACUGCUACUCAAGGCUUGCAUAGAACGACUGCCAGAAUGCCAAAAACGCCCAUCCCAAUCGUAAACCACAUCAUCUCAGACGAGGCAGUGGGGAUACAGAAGGUGGUGCCUCGAUCUUCGGACCUGGCAAGGGUUGUCAAACUCCUGACAGACCCCUACUCCGAGAACUUGAUUGAGAGGCACCUACAUGCUCUUACCAAGUUGGCCGCCAAGUACCAGAGGGGGUUUCUCAUGCGUGACCUUGUUCUAGUGUUUAAAGUUUUAAAUGUGUGUGCAGACAGAAUCCCCAUCGACCCAAGCUACGUGGAGCCAAUGUGCCAGUUACUACAGAUCUGCAGUUAUCCUUUUCUGAAGGAGAAGACCUCGGAUGAGACUGCAUACGCACAAAUUGUGGUGGAGUCCAUCUCUCAAAUGGGCUACCUCAUGAGGGUUCCCAACAAUAACAUCCGAGUUCAGCUUUGUCAGUCUCUUGUCAGCUUCUACUGCGAUGCAGAUAAAUAUGCCAAAUCACCUCUAGAAGGCCUGAAACCAAGCACAAAAGAGUACAACAUCAAAGUUGUGGAGAAAAGCGACGUGGCAGAAACACUAGUCAAGUCCCUUGCUCUGCUGGAGAGUGAUCUUGAGGUCAAGUUGAAUGUGCUGAAGGUUCUUCAGUGCUUCUCGGUCAACUCGGACUCUAACUGUGACCAGAUGCUGAGUGCUGAGGCUGCCUACAGGAUCUGUUCUCGACUGAACGACCCCGACCCAUCCGGACAGCUUAUGUUCAGGUGUACAGAGUGCCUGUGGAACCUUGUGGAGAGAGGAGAUACCCAGGCCGUGAAACGUCAGCUCAACAACCUGACCUGCACCUCCAGUCUGAGGGAUGCCUUCUGUCAGCAGCUCACCAAGGGACACAGCCACUACGAUCGCCAGCUCAGAAACGACCUGCUCGUACUGGCCACACUCGUGGCCCAGAGCAAGGACACUCACUUCAUCGAGACGGGGUAUGCCAAGGAACUUGUCUUGUUCACCACCUUCUCCGAAGUGAAGAGUCACAACCCCCUGGUGAGGAACCUGAAGCUGGAAACCAACCACGAGGACUUUGAGCUGAAGAAACUGCUGAUGAACAUCAUGGUCCUCCUCAGUAGAGACUCAGCCUUCAUCCCCAUCAUGUCGGAGGGAAGACUCCUCCUGGCGCUCUUCCAUUACAUCAAGGGGAACGAGAGCCAGCUGGGCCCACGAGACUGGAGCCCUGCCCAGUUUGAAGAGCUGCAGCUGCAGGCCAUGGCUACCUUGUGCACGGUUGGGCCGCUGAUGAUCGAAGACUACAUGACGUGCCAGGGGAACACCAGGCUCCUCCUCCUCCUGGAGUGGUGCGUGGGGACAGAGGACUUUGGUGGCCACGGCAACAGUUUUCAUGGUACAGGUGGGCGUGGCAACAAGCGCGCUCAGAUGCGACAUUGCCUGCGACUGCUGCGGAGCAUGGUGUCCGUCGGGGACGAGACGAUCCACCAAGAUCUCUGCGACCAAGGAGCAAUGAGCCUCCUGCUGAACAUCCUGUCCACGGCGUGCCACCACAUGGAUGAAGAUGACACCAUUGAUGUGGAGAUGCAGUGUGACAUGCUGUUCAUCGUGUCUGCUCUCUGUGAAGGGGACAUGCACAGGAAGGAGCUGUUUGGGUCUCAGGGGGUCAACAUCGUGGUGCAGUACCUCAAGACUGAUCCAGAGAAGCUCAACAGUGGCCUGGGCCAUAACAGACUGCUCCUAGCAACUGUGGACUGUGCAUGGUGCGCAAUCAUUGGCUCCUUCCAGACUGAAGAUCUGUUCCUUGAGAAAGAGGGGGUAUUCCUCCUUUAUGACCUGUUAGAAGUGUGCCCAAAGAACAUGCAGAAUGUUGUCCUGGGUUGUAUAUUGGAUCUGUGUGAGAAUCCCAAGACCAUGGUCCACAUCAACACUUGGAGGGGGAAGAAUGACCGCUCUGCUCCGAACCUGUUGAUAGAGAUCUGGAGGACUGAGGAGUCAGAGAUGGGCGUGAGGAGAGGACCAGACGGAACCAUAGUUGACGUUUCCCAGCCUCUAGCAGGGACCUUACAGGAACGACAAGGUGUCAUCCCUCUGCCAGCCAACUGCCCCAGUCAAGCCAUUGUGGACGUGUCCGAGAACAUGCGGGCCAAGUUGUACGCCCUCUUCUGCAAGAUUGGGUUCAACGACCUGCCUGGCAUGUCCACGGAGGACUACGUCACGCUGGCGGUGAUCGAGAGGUACCUGGACUUCAAGGUUGGGGAGGUGUGGAAGGAGAUGAGAAGUGAGCUGGAGCAGGAGGGGAUCCAGCCCACCACGGCUGACCACAACGCUGUGGAGACCAUCACACGUGCCGCUGAUGAGAGGGCCAAGGCCGUGGCACAGACACAGAUGGACCUACUGGACAACCAGCAGCAGCAGGACCUAAUGGAUGAACAAGAGAUGUAUGCCAAGGUACGAGACAACCACAGACAGAGGGAAAAGGCCAUCGCUAGCUGGGAGCACUUUGUAGCCAGGACCUCCAACUACCACAUCCUAAAGGAAGCCAAGAUGAAGCAAGAAAUGUCCAUAGAGGCUUCUCGUAUCCAGACUAGACACCAGAAGGAGGAAAAGUUUCACCACACAGAAGUACAGAACCUGAACACCACCACCUUCUGUGGUCGCAGUGUCAAGGUGAACAGCACACCUGUGGAGCUGACAGGUGCACGUCUCAAGCCCUACAACAUCCAGAGGGACAUGCAGAAGGCCGUCACUCUCAGUGACAGUGCUACCAUCAUUUCAUGAUAACAUCCAACUUGGCCAUAUUGCAAUCUUCACAAGAUGAUGUAAUAUCCUGCUUUUAAGUGGGAUUAGUUUUGAGCAAGAUAUGUCUCCCCUUUGGCAGAACUGUUGUUGUUCUGCAGUGAUUUCAUUAUCUGUGUAUCUCUGAUUUGAUUACUUGUUGAAAGCUUACUCUGCUCUUGUGCAUGCUAAUUUGAUUUUGCUGUUAGGCACUGAAAUCUAGCACUAAAAAUACAAAAGAAAAUUGGAUGAUAUAUCACAUAGGUCAUAAUUUACUACACAUACAUAAGCUUUGUAUAUAUUCAAUCUGUAAGGAUAUGUGUGUUAGUAGACUCUUUGCUGAAGAAUGAUUCAAAUGUAAUUUUUGUGUACUUUCCACUACAUUUGAUAGCUUAGAAUGGAUACAGAGGAGUCAUAUUAACCAUUUUAAAAUGCACUGUCAUUGGUGAAAGAGAAAUUAUCCUUUAUUGUGUAUAUUAAAUAAAAUUUGCAGUGCUACGA